CAAUGCUACCAACUGAUGACAACUUCCUUCUUUUUCGGUCUUUUCGACGUACAACGUGCAGAACACUAGGAAGAUGCCUGCUACGGCAAAGACCACCCCAGCCACCAAGGCUCCGGCCGAGGCCAAGAAGGCCAAGGAUGAUAAGAAGGUGAAGAAGCUGCCCGCGGUUCCAGAAUCGAAACUGAAGGCUACCAAGGCUAAGCUGAUCGCUCGCCCCGGAACCAUUCAGAGACGUCGCCAGCUGCACGCUACCAAGCUGCUCCGCCGUCGCCAGAAUCUGCUCCGGGCGGCCAAGUACACCAAGAAGUAUCUGCGUAUGGAACGUGAGGUAGUGGAAAAGGCCCGCGAAGCAAAGAAGGCCGGCAACAUCUACAUUCCGGCCGAACCGAAGGUUGCCUUCGUCGUGCGUAUCCGAGGUAUCAACAAGGUUGCCCCCAAGGUCCGCAAGGUACUGCAACUGUUCCGUCUGCGCCAGAUCAACAAUGCCACCUUCAUUAAGCUGAACAAGGCCACCAAAAACAUGCUGCGCAUUGCAGACCCCUACAUUACCUACGGAUACCCAACACUGAAGUCGGUCCGCAAUCUUAUCUACAAGCGCGGGUUCGUGAAGCACCGACACAGCCGUAUUCCAAUCACCGACAACUUCGUGAUCGAGCGUAAACUGCGCGCCGGCUACAAACUGCAGUGCGUUGAGGAUUUGGUGUACCAGAUCUACACCGCCGGUACGCUGUUCCGCAAGGUGAACAACUUCCUGUGGCCCUUCAAGCUAAACACCCCGACCGGUGGAUGGCGCAAGAAGAACAACCAUUACGUUGAGGGCGGUGACUUCGGUAACCGCGAGGAUAAGAUCAAUGAACUUAUCAAGCGUAUGAUCUAACUGAGUUGGAAGUUUGCGAGAGAGCGAGUUAAAUAAAAAAAACAAUAAAUUUAAAACCUGAGUUUACCCGUAAGAUAAAA